AUGCUGUGCCUCGGAACAUUUUGCUGUCGAGGUCCAGGUUCAAGACAGGAUAGUAACGACGGACACAGAGUUGCGCCCUUACAUAGCCCCAUGGGCGAUAAAAGGGCGCACUGGAUGGUAUAAUUUUAUUAGCAAAGUCAUGUCUUCUACCACCAUCCCUAUUCACUCCGUCCCCAGAAACAAUCCUGCCCCACCAACCAGAGAGAACCAGUACAGCCAGCGCGAGCGUCCGCUAUCCUUUCAGCCUCGCUUUGAGGAAGAUAAUACUCAUCCCUUCAAUAACUAUGGCUUUCCGGAGCCAGGUAUCCAGUCCCCAAGCGCUCGCCAAGUUGUGGCAAAAGAUUUCCUCAUCUCAGACGCAACAUGGCAAGAUCUCCAGAUGGGAGUUCCCGACCUCGACUUCGUCGUCAUAGGUUCAGGCUUGACAGCCUUCGCGUUUAUCGAAAACACAUUGAAAAGGGACCCACGAAAGAAGAUUCUUUGUCUUGAACGAGGAGAUUUUUGGCUCCCUGAUCACUUCCAAAACUUGCCGCUCCCUUUUAAAUACACUCUUGGCGGCCCAAGUGAAACAUUCCCUUUCACUUUGUCCAAACAGACGUAUGAUAGCGAUAUCAAAUUUGUACACGGCUCUUGCCCUUUCUUUGGUGGUCGUUCGACCUUCUGGUCUGCCUGGUCUCCAAGCCCGACUGCUGCGCUAAUGCGCAACUGGCCCAACUCUCUUAUCGACACCGCACAGAAGCCAGGGUUCUUCCAACUUGCGAGCAAACUUUUGCGAGUCACCAAGGCCACAGACAUUGGUCCCCCAUACGGAAUGCUUCAACGUCAGAUCGAUCAACGAUUGCAACCGGCAGUCGCUGGGGGAGACAUAUUCUCAGCGCAAGAGGUGUAUCCUGCGCCCAUGGCAGUCGCAUCUAUUGCGAAGACGACAACGAUUCAUUUCACCAAAUUCUCUACGCCUGGCCCGCUUCUUUCCCUGUACAAGGAGCAGCAGAGGCAUGUGCAGGCUGGGACCGGCGCUCCACUUCUUUUUGCAACAGAGACUGCUGUGCUAUACCUCGGUGUCGACGUUGGAUUCCCGCUUCCUCCUUCCAGUUUAGGUGAUGAGCAGUCUGUUAAAUUUCUCCGUACGUCUCGUGGGGAUCUGCCGAUAGCAAACAAAACGAAGGUCAUCCUUUGUGCUGGGGCAUUUCCGAACGCGACGCUCCUGCUCAACAGCUUCCGGGACAAUAAGUAUAUCGCAAGGUCGGCGGGCAAAACGGUGACGGGCCAUUUUUUGACACAUGUCGUCGCUCGUGUAAAGAGGAGCGCUUUUCAUGACCUUAACAAGGGGAGCAUCGAGAUUGGAGCGGAGUACUUGGCUGGUCAACACCCGACCUCCAAACUACAAUAUCACGUCCAGAUCACCGCCGUCGCGUCGCCUGAUCCAAUGCAAGAUGCUGAAGAUGCUGCUCGAUUCUGUCCAGAUUUCGCCGGCACAGCCAGCGAAGAGCAACUUCGUGGAUCGGAAGAUUAUGUCGUUUUCGUGUGUGCGACGCUCGGUGAACUCAGCGAGAACAACAGCAAUUCCUUCUUCCGUUUGUCGAACCAGCCCCUGAGUGCGGACCCAACAUCCAACUGUAUCCUACAAGUCAUGCUUGACGAGAAGGACUAUGAGCUCUGGGACCAGAUGGACAAAGCGACGGUUGACGCCAUCAGGGCGAUGGCUGGUAACAAGAAACAUGAAGUCGAAUGGUGGCAUCAACCCAAGCCUUGGGACAAGCCUGGCGUUUGGAAGAGAGAGAUUCCAGGCAAAGAGUCGGUUAGAAUGGAGGGGAUUGUGCAUGAAGCAUCGGUGCUGCCACUCGGUGAUGGCGAUGAAUGCUGCGUCGACAGAGAUUACAGGGUCAAGGGCAUUUCAAAUGUGUACGUGACUGGAGGAGCAAUUUUCCCAACUUCUGGCUCGUGGAAUCCCACUCUGACAAUGUGUGGGUUUGCGCAAGAUCUCGCGAGCAAGCUAACUGCUCGCAAACCAAAUCCCAAUGCAUUGGCAUCGGUCACGGACGAAGAUGAUUGAGCGACAAGGGCACAUGCUGCAGACAUUACAAGAACGCUGCGUCUAUAUUGUUGGGAUGUAGGGUAUGAUUUUGCGUCACUUACUGCUUACAGAAGCUACUGUUAUCGCCUCCCGAUGUUGAAAUAUAAUGUUAUUUCAGUGUACUCGUGUAGAGUGCUGUCCUUGAGGUUGACGCUCCCAAGGUUCCGAAUUCUGCUGAUAGGAAAGGUAUGUAUCUGGCU